CGUGCCAAGGCAGCCUUUGUGGCUGUUGUUCAGGAAUCAUCAAUGUAUAACUUGAGAGCGACCAUGCGGGAUAUCGAACUCCGGUUCAACAAUGCACAUGGAUACCCGUGGAUUAUCAUGAGCGAAAGACCGUUUACAUCCGUCUUCAGAAAAUGGAUAAAAGCCUCGACUAAAUCCCAAGUCUAUUUUGGACAAGCUUUGUCCGACGAAUGGAAUGAACCAACUUGGGUCAAUACAAAAAUUGUCGAGAAAGUUGCUAUCAAGAUGUCAAACGACAAAGUACUUCAUGGUGAGAGUGUGAGUUGGCGUAAAAUGACCCGAUAUAAUGCAGGAUUUCUUGCUCAUCAUCCACUUUUAAAAGACAUUGAGUUCUACUGGAAAGUACAGCCUGGAUCGCGUUAUCAAUGCAACAUUGACGGAGAUCCUUUUGAAAUGAUGAAGCGAGACGACAAGAAACUAUCCUUUGCUGUGACUGGAUAUGAAAGUGAAAAUACGAUGCUUAACUUUUGGAGAGUAGUCCGGGAAUAUAUUGAGUACAACAAGCAAAGCAUUCUUCCCUCAAAUCAAACAAUAUAUCCCUGGAUAUUAGACCGCAAUAUUAAGGAUGAGGCUUACAUUUCAACACUGCAGAGUCAAAUGGGAGAAUAUUGGGGAGAGUUUAACGAGUGUGUCGUUUGGAACAACUUUAUUAUUGUAUCGCUUGAUUUCCUACGAUCAAAACCAUAUACCGAAUUCUUUCAUUAUAUGGACAAAACAGGCGGUUUCUUUUAUGAAAGAUGGGGAGAUGCACCAGUUCAAACAGUUGCAGCGGCCUUGUUUCUAAAACGGGAUCAAGUUCACUACAUAAAAAAUAUGGGAUAUGACUCUUCAAUAGGUAGUAACUGCCCUGUAGAAAAGGAAGCCUAUUCUCGCUUACAGUGUACAUGUAAU